GCCAACCAUCUGAGCUUUGUGCCAGUGGGGAUUCGCAAUUGUGCAGAGGGGGGAGAGAGAGAGGGAGAGAGGAUGAAGAUGGUAUGGAAGAAGAACGAUAAGAAGCGGGCGGCCCCUGUAAAGCCAACACCUGCAAGUCUCCCUUUCGAUCGAGCAGACGAAGGCGGCGACGGCGACGCCUGUUCUUCCUCUUCCCAGACGGACGCCCAAAACCAAAUCCCGAAAUCCGAACCUGACGAGUCGAGAAUCGCAGAAUCCUUCGAAUCAGAAGGCAACAAGCUCGCGGAGAAUGGCAGGUAUCAUGAAGCUUUGAGUAAGUGGGAGGCUGCACUCACUCUUAUGCCAGAUAGAGCAAUUUUACAUGAAGAAAAAGCGCAAGUUUUGCUUGAGAUAGGAGAAGCUUGGAAAGCCCUAAAAGCUGCAACAAGAGCCACGGAGCUUGAGCCAUUAUGGGCAGAGGCCUGGGUGACACUUGGCAGAGCACAACUAAAUUUUGGUGAGCCUGAAGCAUCCAUUGAAAGCUUUGACAAGGCUUUGUCCAUCAAGCCAGAUCUAGAGGAAGCAGAGUCUGACAGACAAACUGCAUUGCACCAUGUUAAAAAGAGAAAACUGCUUCAGGUUGCUGGUUCAGAUGUUGUUGGUCAUCGCUAUACUGUCAAGGAUAAGGAUGAAAACCAAGAGGCACCACUUGGAGAUUAAAGGGUGUAAAGAUUGUUGAUAUAAGAGAACCGAACCUUUCAGCUUACCCUGUAGAUUGUAGAAUCAAUUUGUAUUAUCAAAUAGAAUGGUUUCAAUGAUUUCUUGCUUA